AUGAAUGAGAAAGUAAUUGCUGAUACUGCAAAUUCUUAAUAAGAAGAACUCUUAAGCUUUAAGGAGUUUGAAAAAAUAAAGUUCACCUUCACUGGAAUAGAUAAGUAUAUUAUUAUGGAACUAAAAACCAGCACUCCUUUAGAAGAUUUAAAAUUCAGGUUUUCAAGUAUUUUAAGAACAGAUUUCUUUGCUAAAAGACUAGAAUACUAAGUUAUUAAAGGAUUUAAAGAGAAAGUAUUGUCCUCUUAAAAAUCUCUGCUAAAUUAAGGAAUUCCAUCUGCCUUUAAGGUCCAAGGUCAAGGGUUACUACUUAACAUUCAAGUAAAGAUUAUAGAAGAAGGAGCAUGA